UUUGUGAGACCUACUGUGCUUAUUCUCUGCCCCUUCAAGAAAGAUGCGUUUGAUAUUGUUCAGCGAUUAGAGCGGUUGAUAUUUGGUAAAGAUUGUAAAGGUUCGAUCUGGAGUCGGGAACGAUUUGACGAGGAGUUCAAAAGCGAGGCACCACCGGAAUUCAAAACGAGAGUGCCUGAUGAGUUCAAGGAGCUCAUGACUGGCAAUAAUGAUGACUGUUUCCGUGUUGGAAUUGCUCUUUCCAAGAAAGUCUUGAAACUAUAUGAGGGUUUCGACAAGUUGGAUUACCUGAAUGCUUUUCUUGGCGGAUCCUGUCUGGGACGGUUGCAGUCUGAUUUUAUUCUUUGUUCUCCUCUUGGUCUUCGUAUGAUUUUGGAUGGUGAAGCGGGAAAGGAAAGCCACCUGAUAUCUAACAUUCAGAUAGCUGUUAUUGAUAAGGCUGACAUCAUGUUGCAACAGAACUGGGAGCACAUUUCAAUCAUCUUUUCUCACAUUCAUACCCAACCAACAAAAAUAGAUACAGAUAUCUCAAGAGUGCGGCAGUGUUACAUAGAUGGUCAGGCAAAAUUCUUCUGUCAACUGCUGCUGUUUUCUCGCUAUAGACAUGAGCUUUUCUCAGCUUUGAUGUCUGAACAUUCAUUGAACUUCACAGGGCUGAUUAUGCAAAACAACCCCUGUGAAGGAACUUUAGACAAGUAUAUUCGAUGUUAUAUGAUGCUCUCUCAGAUUGAGAUCCCAUUAUGUCAAGAAUUCCGUCGUUUUGAUGUAGAAAAUCCUAGUGAACAAGCAGUGGCAAGGUUCAACUGCUUCAAAGAUUAUGUGAGGCUUUUUACUUGCAAUGCUAGCCUUUUACCCGGAACAUGCGUGGUUAUACCAUCUUACUAUGACUUUGUGCGAGUUCGAAAUCAUUUCAAAAGGACCGAGGAAAGUUUUGUAGCAUGCCACGAGUAUGCGCCGAAGUCAAAGAUCACAAGAGCGCGCGAUUUGUUCUACCAUAAAAUUAAGAAAAUUCUGGUGGUGACAGAACGCUACUACUAUUUCAAUAGAAGAACCUUGAGAGGCAUGGAAAGAAUUGUUUUCUACCAGUUACCAAAUCACCCUGACCUCUAUUGCGAGCUAAUCAAUAUGGCCACUUGCGAAAGUGAAACCAGGUUUAGCUCGAUUCUUCUCUAUUGCAAAUAUGAUCGGAUCCGAUUACAAAAUACAUUCGGCACUGAUAUGGCUAAUUCUAUUUUAACUUCGAGUAAAAAAGUGCAGGCUAUUGUAUCUGAGUAAGA